AUGCGAGCCGCUGCGUUUCUCCCGUUCUUGGCAUUACUCGUCACCAUGGUCAAUGCCUUGAAGGAACCACCUAAAACUUUGCAAAUCGGUGUCAAAAAGCGCAUCCCCGAGGAAGAAUGCAAAGUGCGAUCACGCGAUGGCGACUUGCUCUCGAUGCAUUAUACGGGAACCUUGUUUGACACGGGCGCCAAGUUCGACAGCAGCCUCGAUCGAAACCAGCCUUUGGAGUUCACGUUGGGCAAGGGACAGGUCAUCAAGGGCUGGGAUCAAGGCUUGAAAAACAUGUGUGUUGGAGAGAAGCGUCGGUUGGUGAUCCCACCUGAGUUCGGGUAUGGCGCACGCGGUGCCGGAAGCGCGAUUCCGGGCGGUGCCACGCUUGUGUUUGAAGUGGAACUGGUGGGUGUGAAGCCUGGCGACCAUGUCUAUCCCGGCGCUGGUGCUGCUGGUGUCGACAGCAAGCUCGGCCUGCUAGAUUCGAUUGAGUAA